GCCUGUACGAGGACUUACUACCUGACACCCACUGACCUUAUUCACCUGGCACUGCCUGACCUUCUGCUGCCCUUUUCGCCUUUUCGCUUCGAAACUUGGGUCAUUUAGGCUUCCACCUUCCCUAUCUAGCCCAUCAUAUUCCCUAUCACCCACCUCACAUACUCCGUAUUCCCUCCCAACUCUAGACCUCGUUGCCGGUCUAAAUUUCUCCCUCCCUUUCUUCUCUUCUCUUCUUUUGCUACUCCGCCUGCCUCACAAUCCGAUCGACCUCUACCUUGCAUCUUGCAUCCUCUUUUCUCUUUGUUCGUCAAUUUGUACACGCGACCUUGCUGUCUUGUGCUCCCAUCCACUCUGUCCUCUUCGACCUGGAUGCGCGCCGUGGCAAUUCACUUGACCCUACCAUAUGCAUUGAGAUCGCGUCCAUCAAUUUACACAUCUCAGCGGCAAGAUGUUUUCGCGGCCACCGUCCGACCAUCUACGAAAGGUCUCUGACCUGGGAUCUGAGCGGCCCCGUUCCACAUGGGAAUCCUCCUACAACCCACUAAGGAGUUUCCAUCAACCACCUCAUCGUUCGCCGACGAAUCGCAAUGACGCCAUGGAACCCGAAUCAUCCGACAGUGAUGUUUCCAUUGGUGGUGGUGAAGACUACAGAUUCGCCAGUCCGUUGACAGCACCCAUUCCAUUACCACCUCCUCCAUCAAAGCACGCUCUGGAAUCAUCCGAUGCCGUUCAGGCUCGACUUGACGAGUUGAGCCGUGUCGAGACGCACAAUGAGAAAAAGUAUAGUCUGCUCAAGGCCAAGCGUCAACGCAAGGAUGAUAAGAUUCGCCGCAAACGUGAGGCUCAAGACAAGAAAUGGGCUGCCAUAUCGGACGCUCGUCAACGUCGAGACGCUAGAAUCGCCGCUCGCCGGAAGCGAGAAGAUGCUGCCUUCACGCAAUUCUUUGAGCAUGAUCUGGAUGAAGAGGAAACUAAUCUCCGCCGCCGUUUGAAGCGUCUCAAACGUGGUCUCCCCCUUGAUGAGUCGCCCAAGGCUGGCGUGCGAAGCGUAUCUGGCCCUUCCAUGUCUCCUCCGGCUUCGUCCCUUUCGACCGUUCCUCCACCUGCCAAGCGACAUCAAGUUGGUCCUCCUGGGCAACCUGAUUCUGUCAACUCAACACAAUCGAGGCCGUCAACUCAGUCUAGUCUUUCUGCCUCGUCGACGAAGAGUACUCUCCCGGCACCGCCGUACUCGUUCUAUCGUGAUCCAGGUUCGGCAUUUUCCAGACCUUAUCAACAUGGACAUUAUUCCACUACACCGAAUGCAUCGUCCCCAACGACCACUACCAAUGGCUUACCGCAGCCUGCACAAGGGGCUGCUGAUCGCCCUUCGGAUCGACCUGGCCUAGGACUUCUUGGUCGUCCUGCUUCGCCACAUUCCAGACCGGGUACCAGCACACAAUCUCCUGUAACGCCUGUCACAAAUACAACUUCCCAGCCACCACGUCAAACAUCUUCGAGCUACGACACCCGACCGCCACCAACGACAACCUCUUCAGGCUUUGCCUCUAUCAAUGCGCCUCCACCAUCCGGGUUUGCAUCCGUGAACGCGAGAUCAACAGCAACGCCUCCUGCCUCUCAUGCGGGAUUAGCUCGACCAGCAGCUGAUACCGAAGCGAACAGAACCCCAGCUGGCCAGGCAGCCAAUAAUGGAGUAGACAGAGACCGCUUCCAACAGUAUGGAAACACACCCACGAGCGUCUCCUCUCCCGGACCCUCGAAUAGCGGCAGCAAGAGGACUCCCUCGACCACUCACCCUUAUCAAAUGUCCGAGGCAUUCGCGAACAGACACCACCACUGCGAACGAGUUGACAGCUUAAAUCGUGGUAUAUGGACGUCGUACGGAGUGGGUGGCACCGCAGACAAUCCGACCGGGCCUGCCGUCGAAAUGUAUCUCCGCUGCAAUCACGAGGACUGUUCGCGCAUCGACUGGCGCACCGUGCACGGAUUGCAAUGUCAUAUCGUCAAGAACCAUGCGCAGCCCAAAGGCACUAUCGGCAGUCUCGACAAGGCGCUUGAACGCUACGGCGUGCCCGUCAAGGAGGUCGAAGAGCACGAACGCGAGCACGGAAGGGGUUCAGGAGGGACCAUGGCUGACCCCAAGAAUCACAAGAUCAAGACCAAGACAAAGGAGGCCCUUGGAGGGUUAGAGACGAGGCCGUAUAUCCGCAAGGAUACACCUGGCUCGUAUGAUCCCGACACGCGUCCGGCGGGUUAUAGACCCAGCCCAACCGCAACAGCUAGCCCGGCAUUAAGCGAUGAGAUCAAGCGCAGUCCCACGGCAUUCGCGAGCAUGAAUGGGAAUAGACCCUUCUCAAGGGAAGCGACGGGUGAUGAGGUGAGGAGGUCGGCGCCACAGACGGCGGGUCAAAGUCCGGUGAAUGUGUUCUCGGCGGUACGACACGACUGGUACAGACCUGGUCCAUUCUCAUCAGGGCCACCACCAAAGCCAGAACCCGAGCCAAAGAGCUUGCAGGGUGAUUUUGGUGCAAGUGAGGCGGCGCGCAAAGAGCAGCAGCCACUACCGACUCAAGCUGGAACAGAAUUAUCGAACGGUGUUCAGAACAAGUCGCCUUCCCUCAACACGUUGCCGCCACCACCACAGUCGAGCAGCACGAUCACCGUCGACAAUACGGCUAGCGCUGUGGCGGAUGUUCCCGCUGCAGACGACAGAAUGACGGAUGCACCUGUACAGUCCACCACCGCAGCGCCGGCGCAAGCGGAGACGAAGCCGGAAGAUCCUAAGAUGACAGAAGAGAAAAGUGAAACUCCAGCUGAUGCGCCCAAGCAAGAUGUUUCUGUUCCUAAACCUUCACUUACAGACGGAGAUGUGCAGAUGACAGGCACGGAUGAGCCCGGCGAAAAAAAAGCCGAAGAAAAACUCGACUCCUCGUCGGCUCCCACCGUUGAACCCGAAAAGAAUCCCCCAAGCGAGGCCGCUCCCGCCACUAAGACUGAGGCCGAACCGGAAAUUCCAGCUAACCACGCCGAGGAUGACUCCGAAGACCAGUCCGAAACGAUUAUCGUCGACGGCGACGCCGGCAAGGACGCUAGCGCCGCCAAGCGCAAUGCGAAUCCUACGUUUCAAUCGCCGGUCAUGACGACCCGGUCAGUACAGGCGAGUGCUACUGCGACUACUCCAGGCAGCGCUACCAGACGUGGUAGCCGACGAAGCAGUGUAGCGAGGAAGAGUGUUGAUCACGAAGUUGACGGGUACGAUGGGAAGGGAGAGAAGGAGAAUGAAGAGGAGAAGGACGGCAAAGAUGAGAAGGUUGAGAGGGAGACGAGGCGGUCGAUUGCAGGUCGAUUGUUGAGACGCGGAAGGUAGAGAUUUCCGGCGGGAUGAUCAUUUCGAACUUGCUGGUCGUCGCGACUGGUUGCCUGGCGGGUUCAACUGCAUGAGAUUGCAUGGGAUGCGUGUUGAGGUGUUUGGUCUCUGAUUCGCAGUGGUCACGGCUUCAACUUGCUUUCGAGUCGCUGCGUUGUUUUGACAGAGGACCCGUUGUGAUGUUGAUUGCCCGACACUGCUGGCUGUACUGUUGAAGGUGGUGUUGAGAAGGAAAGGUGGGGAAACUAAUACUGGCCAUGAAGAGAUAUCAAGACUAUCGUCUUGCAUAUCUCAGGUUGUGUCUGAUACGGUAGCGCUGGCUUUUUGUAUCCCUGUGUUUAUCGAUAUGUGGCGAAUACGGAGUAUCGGAGCCGAUUGGGACCAAGAAACAGCUCUUGUGUUGAGUGAUGUAUGCAUACUGCGUUACUUUACUGGAUCACUGGAAUACUGGAGCACGGAACAUUAAUUUUGAAGGAGAGCAUGGUCAGGAUUUGAUUUUGUACUCUAUGAACCUAGGUACCGUAUUGUGUUGGGUUCUUUAGCCCAUUCAUUUCC